AUGGGGUAUGUCAGGUUGUCCGAAGCAGCCGACCACUUCGGUGUGUGCACUAGGACUCUCAUCAGAUGGGAAGCUGCCGGGAAGAUCAAGGUCGAGCGUAGCCCUGGAGGCAAGCGUAUCUACGACCUCAAGAGCCUCGAUCCCUCCAGCGAGCGCGCCUCCUACAUCUAUACCAGAGUAGCGAGAAGGGACUUGUACGAGAGGUUGUGGUUGCCUCAAAAGACAGACUGUGUCGUUUCGGAUUCGAUCUGCUCUCGUGGUUCUUCGAAAGACACGGUGUCCGCCUCGUGGUUCUCCAACAAGACGAUAAGUCUCCAGAGGCAGAGCUGGCAGAGGACGUGCUCGCGGUCGUUCAGGUGUUCGGUUGUCGAUGGAACGGGAGAAGACGUUACGGAGGAGGAACAGACGGUACCAAAGGACGAAGAAAGCGAGCACGAAGAAGCAGAGGAGUUGAUCAGGAUGCGGAAAGUUCGGAUCCUCCCAAAGAAGUAUCAGAAGAGGAUGCUGAACGACUGGAGGCACGCGGCUCGAUACAGCUACAACAAGGCAGUGUUCCUCAUGAACGAGACAGCGAGCUUCAACAAGAUGUACCUCCGGGACUUGAUCACCCCAGUUGAAGUGAAUGGAGACAAGCCACACCUCUUGAAGACACCCAAGGACGUGAGGGCCGCUGCGGUUUUCGAAGCGGCCAAGAAUGCUAAAUCCUGCUUCAGCAAUCGAGAACGUGGGAACAUCACCGGGUUCCGAUUUUCCUUCAAGACGAAGAAAAAAGAGGACUCGAAGGGGUGGUGCUUGGGGAUUGCAAAGACUGCUGUCAAGCGCAGGGGCAAUCGCACCCUGAUCAUCUACGGAGAUUAUUGCCCUUGGGAGUUCGAGACGUUGGGUGCCAUCGGCGAGAUCACCAAGGACUGUCAGCUGCAAUUCGAUGGUGCCAAGUAUUAUCUCCUCUUGCCCUACUCAAAAACGCAUCCAGCUAAAGUGAAGGGAAACACCAAAUCUCUCAUCAACGAGACGAGAGAGGCAGUGAUAGCCCUGGACCCGGGAGUCAGAACAUUCCUGACCGCCUACAGCCCCAGCGAGGCAUACAAAUUGGGCGAUGGGUGUGCACAACGCCUGUUCUCGUUGGCUAUCACCUUGGACAGACUACUCGCUUUCGAGAAGCGCAUCCCGAAGGACCAUCGGAAAAAACAAAGAGCAGUGAGAUUGAGAAUCAUCAAGACACGAAGAAAGAUAGCUCAUCUGCGUGACGAGAUGCACUACAAGGUCGCGGACUUCCUCACACGAAAAGCGAAGAUCAUUCUGUUGCCGACGUUCGAGACCAGCGAGAUGGUCCGAAGAUUCCAACGGCGGAUCGGGAGCAAGAGUGUCAGGCAGAUGUCGUUCCUGUCGCACUACAAGUUCAAACAGCGGCUGAUAGCCAAGGCUGCUGGCAGGGGAGUGAGAGUCCUGAUCGUUUCCGAGCAUUACACGAGCAAGACCUGUGGCAGGUGCGGGGAAGUAAAGCAAAACCUAGAGGGUGCGAGGACCUUCAAGUGCGGAAGCUGCUUCGCAGUCAUAGACAGGGAUUGCAAUGGUGCUCGGAACAUACUACUUCGUGCGAUACGAAGGAAGUAA